GACCAUCCACGUGCGCCGGUACGUGCGACGGCCGGGCGCGGGCGCAGCGAGGCGUGGCGGGCCAAGGACGGCCGCCCUGUUCUCUGCUGCCCGCGGAACGCGACGGGCGGGGACGGCGCCGGCGACGACUCCAGGCGAGGGCACUUGUCGCUGCCCGCGUGGGCGGUCCGCCGCUCCUCCGACGCCGCCGUCCACGCCGCCCGCGAUCUCGCAGGCCGCCAAGAGCAAGCUGGCCAAGUUCCUGAGCCUGUUCACGGUGAUCCGGUUCGCCAACGCGCCCUGCCCGUCGGCCGAGGGGCUGCCCGGCACGUGCUACCACCGCCUCGAGUGCCAGAGCCUGGGCGGCGUGGCGUCGGGCACGUGCGCGCGCGGCUACGGCGUCUGCUGCCUCUUCCAGGCGUCGUGCGGAGGGCGCACCGCGCAGAACUGCACGUACUUCGUGAACGCGGCCUGGCCGUCCGCCACGGCGCUGGGCGCGUCCGGAGUGUCCUCGGGCGCGUGCACGCUCACGGUGGACAAGCUGCCGGGCGUCACCCAACUGCGCCUCGACCUCCUCACCUUCGAGGUACGCCC